AUGUUUGUGGUGUUAUUUCUGUACGUCAGCAAUGUGUUCAGUUUCGCCCACGGAAUCGCGUAUGAUUCUUUCAAUGGAACUCCUAUAAGUAAAGAUGAAGUUGCACAACAUAUCAGGGAUAAUAAUACAUUUUGGUGCAUGAUUGACAUUGCGCCCUGUGAUCCCAACGAAUGGAGGCGCCUUGAUGGGUCAUGCAAUAAUCUUCGAAAUCCUAUAAGAGGGGCAACCCACACGCCUACUAGUCGGAUUCUACCGCCAUCUUAUGACGAAAAUUAUGAACCAAGAAAAUCGAAAACUGGUAAAUUACCACUUGUGAGAAAACUGCGCACGUCUUUACUGUCGGAGGGUCAGGCGCCGGACCAAUUAUUUUCUGUUCUAGCAUCUUAUUACUUAAUCUUCAUCGCGACUGAUAUCUCCAAUCUGCAUGACACAGUGAACUACAUAAUGUGGAAGCCACACUGCUGCUCUCCUAAAGGCAAGGACGAUCCCAAGUGCGCCCCUCUAGAAGUGCCACAUGAUGACCCGGUCCAUCGCUACUCUGGCAUCCGUUGCUUAAACUUAACGAAACCAUUGACGUUCCAAGAUUUUGGCUGUCGUCAGGAAAAUACACCACCUGAGCGGAUACAGACUGCCACACCCUUAUUUGACAUGUCCACUGUAUAUGGAAACUCUUUGGACAAGGCUCUAGAGGGAAGAAAAUUCGAAGGUGGCUUAUUGAAGUAUGAAGUAGAAGAGGGCAGAGUAUGGCCACCACGGGAUCCUGAUGAACUUAUCUGUACUAUGAACCGCAAACCGAAAGAGUCAAGAUGUCAUAAAACACCGUCAGAUGAAGUGAACACUUUAAUUACAAUCAAUAUGAUGUCCGUUUGGUUUUGGAGACUUCACAAUCAUAUAGCAAAUAGACUGGCCAAGCUGAAUCCAUGUUGGGACGAUGACCAACUAUUUUACACUGCGAGAGAUAUCAACAUUGCCAUUGAAAUGCAUAUAUUCCUAUAUGAACUGUUACCUUUGAUGGCAGGAUAUGAAAAUCUCAUUAGAGAUGGCUUGAUCGUUUACAAUGGCUUCAGAGACAUCUACAAUGAAGCGAUCAUACCACAGAUGGCAAUGGAGUUCCCAUUAGCCUUGCGAUGGGCACAUACUAUGCAAGAAGGGACUUUAAAGAUGUACAAUCCCCACGGUGAUUACGUGAAAAAGGUGCCCUUAGUCGAACUUACAAUAAGAACAGGUUACUUGGGAGUGGACAAUAAUGUUGACUACCUAACUCAAGGAGCGUUUAGACAACCUAGUGCUAAGGUUGGAGACAAUCUUGUGGAUCCUGAUAUGGCUGAUAGAGUUCUAGGAUACAUUCAACCGUCACAAGAUGUGUUUUCAAAUGAUUUGGCGAAAAAUCGUCUCAUGUUUAUGCAACCGUACAUCAAAUACUUAGAACACUUCUAUGGAAAGAAAAUUACUAGUUUCAAAGACUUGGCUGAAUUCUUUGAACCAGAGGUUUUGGAAAAACUAUCAGAUAUCUACGACUCUGUAGAAGAUAUAGAUCUUCUAGCAGCUAUGUGGGUAGAGAAACCAAUACCUGGCGGUCACGUGCCUCGUAUAUUUUACUCCAUACUUGCUGAACAAUUGCUGCGAACUAUGAAAUCUGACAGACAUUGGUAUGAGAGACCCAACAGACCACACGCUUUUACUUUUGCACAAUUGCAAGAAAUAAGGAAGAUGACGGUAGCAAGGUUCAUGUGUGACGUCGGUGACACUGUGACUGAGAUACAGCCGAGAGCUUUCCAACGAAUUGGACCUGGUAAUGAACUAGUGAGCUGUGGUCUUAUUCCGGACAUGGAUAUAUCAGCUUGGAAGGACAACAGCUGUCGCAAGAGCCGGGAUUUCCACCAACCAAGUUAUUAG